ACAGAGACACAUGGUCAUUAGUGGGGAGCGUGACACCUCUAUCUGUCUGUUUAUGCCUCUCUCUCUUUUACUGGCUUCUGGUCAGGCUAAGGGAGAUAGAGACAGAAGAGAGACAGGGUUGGAGUGACUUUACUCGCUCCCGGAUGGUGAAUCCACAGAGCUCUGUGGGAUCAGAGGCAUACCACUGAGCUGAAGAAAUCUACAGACACAAUAACAACACUCCUAGACAUACAGACACACAUAGAUUUGGAGCCGAUCCAGGAUGGAGCUGUACCUGGCCUUUCUGCUGGGGAUCCUGCCCACUGCAGCUCAAGAAUGGCGGCGUCCUGUGAUCAAGCUAAACUCAGAGGUCGUGGUUGGGUCUGAAGUAGUACUGAACCCUGGCACCCCAUUGGUCCUGAGGUGUGAGGGGGAUGGGCCAGUCAACUGGCUGACCCGGUUGUCCAAACACAAGAGCUUAAUCUCCAAGGGCAAUGGGAGAGUCAGAACCUUCAGGGUGGACCGCCCCUCUGCAGAACACACUGGGACAUAUAAAUGUGAAUAUACCAGUGUGAACGUCAAGGUUCGGGACUUGUUCUCUACGGUGCACGUGUAUGUGAAAGACCCAGACAGCCUGUUUUGGACCAGCAGCGCGUCCCUGCGUGUGGUGAGGAAGGAGGGUGAGGACCACCUGCUCCCCUGCCUGCUGACCGACCCAGAGGCCACAGACUUGGGGCUCCGCAUGGACAACUGUACCUCCGUGCCCCCAGGGAUGAACUACACAGCAGACCCCCGCAGAGGCAUUCUCAUCCGCAACCUCCACCCCAGCUACAAUGCUGACUAUGUCUGCAGCGCCAAACUCCACGGGGUGGAGAGGACUUCCAAGACUUUCAACCUCAACAUCAUCCAAAGGCUGCGUUUCCCACCUUAUGUAUUCCUGGAAAAGGAUGAGUAUGUUCAUAUCGUGGGCGAGAAGCUGAGCAUCCACUGCACCACACACAACCCCAACUUCAACUAUAAUGUCACGUGGAAUUACAGCUCCAAAAAGAGAUUUACAAUAGAGCAGAAAGUCCAAUCAGUAGACAGUAACCGUCUGGACAUUGAAAGCAUCCUGACCAUCCCUGUAGUGGACCAGUCAGACACAGGCAACAUUACCUGCAUCGGCACCAACGAGGCUGGAGUCAACAAAUCUACCACCUCCCUGAUGGUUGUAGAGGAGGCCUACAUCCGUCUUUCUCCCCAGCUGUCCUCCAAGCUGGCUCACCAGGGCCUGUCCAUUGACGUGAACGAGGGGGAAGACCUGAAACUCAGUGUCCUGAUCGAGGCGUACCCUCAGAUCAUAGGCCAGCACUGGGACACCCCUACAGCCUCCUCCACGCAGGAACAAACCUUUACACGCUAUAACAACAGGUAUUCCGCUACCCUGCUGCUCAAGAGGAUGAUUGCACAGGAGCAGGGCCAGUACACCUUCUAUGCCAAUAGUUCCAUGGCCAACGCAUCCAUUACAUUCCAAAUCCAAAUGUAUCAGAGGCCGGUUGCCAUGGUGAGAUGGGAGAACAUCACCACCCUCACGUGCACGUCGUUCGGUUACCCUGCUCCCAUAAUCCUCUGGUACCAGUGCUCUGGAAUCCGAACCACGUGCAAUGAGAACGCAACAGGUCUCCAGAUGCCUGCUCCUCUCUUGGCCCAAACAGUCGAGGUCCAGAGGGAGGAGUAUGGAGCGGUCGAGGUCCAGAGCGUCCUGACAGUGGAACCGUCCAGCCAUAGGAUGACCGUGGAGUGUGUCGCCUUCAACCUGGUCGGAGUCGGUAAAGACACCUUCGCCAUGGACGUUUCCAAUAUAAUGUUCACCUCCACUCUAUUGGGAGCAGCUGGUUUGCUGGCCCUUCUCCUCCUGCUACUCAUGGUCCUGCUCUACAAGUACAAACAGAAACCGAGAUAUGAGAUCCGGUGGAAGAUCAUCCAGGCCAGUGAAGGAAACAACUACACCUUUAUCGACCCAACUCAGAUGCCGUACAAUGAGAAGUGGGAGUUUCCCCGGGACAAGCUCAAGCUCGGAAAGAUCCUAGGAGCCGGGGCCUUUGGGAAGGUGGUGGAGGCCACAGCCUAUGGUCUGGGGGAGGACGACAAUGCGAUGCGAGUGGCUGUAAAGAUGCUCAAAGCCAGGGCCCACUCAGAUGAGAGAGAGGCUUUGAUGUCAGAACUGAAGAUUCUGAGUCACCUGGGACAGCACAAGAACAUUGUCAACCUCCUGGGAGCCUGCACUCAGGCGGGACCUGUACUGGUGAUCACUGAGUACUGUAGUCAUGGCGACCUUCUGAACUUCCUGCGACACAAGCAGGAGACCUUCCUGAACUUUGUCAUGAACAUACCAGCGGUACCAGAGGAGACCAGUGACUACAAGAACCUCUGUGAGGGGAAACAGUUCAUCAGAAGUGAUAGUGGGAUAUCCAGUGUGUGUUCUGACAGCUACCUGGAGAUGAGGCCUGGUCCCCAGCCUGUCAACUCCUCUCUGGACUCUGUGUGUGAGGAUGGUGGGCCGGACUCGUGGCCGUUGGACAUGGAGGACCUGCUGAGAUUCUCCUACCAGGUGGCUCAGGGCCUGGACUUCCUUGCAGCCAAGAACUGUAUCCACCGGGACGUUGCAGCUCGGAACGUCCUCCUGACAGACCUCCGUGUGGCUAAGAUCUGUGACUUCGGCCUGGCACGUGACAUCAUGAAUGACUCCAACUAUGUGGUGAAGGGCAAUGCGCGUCUGCCAGUGAAGUGGAUGGCUCCAGAGAGUAUCUUUGACUGUCUCUACACUGGCCAGAGUGACGUCUGGUCCUAUGGGAUCCUGCUAUGGGAGAUCUUCUCUCUAGGAAAAAGCCCCUACCCCAGUAUCCUGGUGGAUACUAAAUUCUACAACAUGAUCAAGUGUGGUUAUCAGAUGUCUCGACCAGACUUCGCACCUCCAGAGAUGUAUACAAUCAUGAAAAUGUGCUGGAAUCUGGAGCCAACAGAGCGACCGACCUUCAGCAAGAUCAGCCAGCUGAUUGAGAGAUUACUGGGUGAGGAGCCAGAACGUCCAGAUCAGCAGCACCAGAACAUCCAGCUGCAGCAGGACAUGACGGUCGAGGAGUUGGAGCCGUGUGAUGAUAAUGAUGAGCCUAAGUGUUGUGACGGCUCCUGUGACCAGUCGUGUGAGCACGAAGAGGAGGAGCAACCACUGGUGAAAACCAAUAGCUAUCAGUUCUGCUGAAAGCAUAAUUCUAUUUCUAUGUCUGACAGCUCCGACAUCAUCAAACUGUCCACAUUCUGAUCUGGAAUUCAUCCACUUUCUAUCUUCUCCUGCUCACUGUAGAAUCAUUCUGGGAGCACAGAGCCAAAGAAAUGGAAUUGUGAUAUUUUGUUAAAGCAUUGAAAAUCAGUUUUUAGGCCUGUUUUACACUGUAUACAGACAGGAAGUCGUGUGGCUUGUUAUAUCCCAUGACAAGUUUUGGAAAAACAACGGCGAGAAUGAAUCUAAUCACAGAUAGUGCCUUAGUUGUGUAAUUAAUAUAUAUAAUGCCUUAUUUUACAUGAAUUACUCUUCUUUGUUGUAUGUUUUGGAGAUGAUCUUUUAAAUCUAUGCACCAAAGAUGCAUCUACCCUGACAGAACAGAUUGUGUUGCUCACAGCUUUUUGUAGGCUAUUUGUACUUUUAAUGUACAUUAUAUUCUUCUGUAGCCACUAUGGUGAGGGUUAAUCUAUUAUUUGAGGGAAAUGGGAACGAAUGCUGGUGGUGUUUGAAUUGACAUUUGUCAGCGGGUUCACUUUCACAUUGUAGGACUACCUUUUUCAACAUGCUAUGCAGCAGCAAGACAGUAGCAAACAAUGCAAUUGUAUCAUUUGUGCUACAGUAUAUUUGAGCAGGUUUUAUAUUUGUAUGAUGGCUUAGUUUGAUGCUGGACGUAAUAACAUGAGAUGCAAUCUAACUGGGGACCACAUUCCAUGUAUUGUCUUUCAGCAUAGACAUGCUGCAUGAAAUGCAUUGAAAUGGAUAUUGAGAUGCUAUUUACAUCAAUGAAAGCAUGUGUAUUGUUUAAAAAAAAAUCUCUAGCCAUAGUUGUUUUGUAUGACAGUCACAAUAUGACAGAAUCACGCAGCUGUCUAAAUGGCACAAGAUUUUAGUUGUGCCGUUAACCAAUAUUACUUCAGACUCAGCCAGUCGACAUAUAGCCUAUAUGCUAUAUGCUACAGUAGGGAAUGAAAGGCAGAUACAACUGUAUAAGGAAAUGUGUGGAUCACAGUAUUGACAACACAAAGGCUUUGUUUUUGAUUGAUUCAAUCGAUUCUUUAUUUCUGUAACACUCAGUAGUUUGAUGUUCAUUCAUUCGUCACUUCAUCAUUUUUGGGGGGUCAAUUAUGCUGUAAAAAUGUUGAUUCCUUGUAUUGAAUGUAGAAUUCAGCUAAUACUGCCUACUGUAAUUAUGAUGAUUGCAGAUACAAGCUCUACGUCAAAGUGAAAAGCUAUAUGUCAGCUGUAAAUCCAAAUUGUUGUAAGACAUUUACUCGGAUUGUCAGCAGCUAUUCUGAAUACUGAGUUGAAAGGAGAGAAAACUAUGAGCUUUUUAUUAAAGGGAAAUUUUAAAAAUGUUCAAUUGCAUAUUCAUCAUCUCCAGCACCACCCCAACAUCAACAUGUGAAAAUGGCGCAUUUCUAUGUUUAUUUGUAAAAAAGAUAAAGAUAACUAUUUCCAAUGACAUCAUUGGUGUGUGUGGCUGAUGUGAAAUGGCUAGCUAGUUAGCGGUGGUGCGCGCUAAUAGUGUUUCAGUCGGUGACGUCACUGCGAUGGGUAACAAUGCUUCGUGAGUGACUGUGGUUGAUGUGUGCAGAGGGUCCCUGGUUUGAGCCCAGGUUGGGGCGAGGAGAGGGACGGAAGCUAUACUGUUACAUUGAUGCUGUUGAUCUGGAUCACUGCUUGCUUCGAAAAAGGAUGAGGUCAAAAGGGGGGGUGAUUGUGGCUGAUGUGAAAUGGCUAGCUAGUUAGCGGUGGUGCGCGCUAAUAGUGUUUCAGUCGGUGACGUUACUCGCUCUGAGACCUAGAAGUAGUUGUUCCCCUUGCUCUGCAAGGGCCGUGGCUUUUGUGGCACGAUGCUUCAUGGUUGAUGUGUGCAGAGGGUCCAUGGUUCGAGCCCAGGUUGGGGCGAGGAGAGGGACGGAAGCUAUACUGUUACAUGUGCAUAAUGUGAUUUUAAGCAUUUAUGAGUAGGCAUUGUCUUCUAAUUGCUUGAUGAUGUCAUUGGAAACAGGCUGCCGUUACACGAUGAAACUUUCACGCAAUUUGAGUUGCUUCUUCAUUGCUUCGUGAAAUAAUAAGCAACUCAUCUGCAACUUGGUUGCAAGCAACAGCCAAUCAAAACAAACACUUUUGUCACAUUAUUCAUUCGAAGGUUAGGAAUUCUGACCCAGUUGUCAUGUCAACACAGCUGUCAGUGCUGUGCAGCACCAUCAGUGGUCAAGGUUGACAGAACAGAGAGUAGCACAACAAGAGAUCAUAUACAAAUGAUUGUACAUGGUUUAGCAGUCAAAUUAUAUUUUGAACUGAAAAAUGUCCACUAUGAUCUGUGCUAGCUAGCUGUGUUGGUGUUAGCAAUGUCAUUUUGGCUAGCUAACAAGCUAAAUUGUACAUAAUGCAUAUCUUCUAUAUCCUUGCUGUUACAAUAACCAAAUGGUUGGAUAAACAAUCAUUUGUGAAACCACAAUGUAAUGCAGCAGAAGACAUGGGGAGAUUCUCAAACAAGCAGCUUCAAUUUGAUUGGCUGUUGCAUGCAAUUUUAAUCACGUUUGAGUAGCAUGUAACAGCAAAGUUGCUUGAGAUGAUGUCACUUGCAACCUGCAACUGUAGCGAAAAUGUCGUGGAAGUUGCUUCAUGUAAGUCCAGCCUUAUCUUCCACUAUCUUUUUUACUACAAAAUAUAGAAAUGCACAAUUUUCACAUAUGUUGAUGUUGUGGUGGUGCUGGAGAUGAUGAAUAUGAAGUGAAACAUUUUUAAAUGUCCCUUUAACUGUAUGUAUGAUAUCCAUUGAGUAUACCAAAACAUUAAGAACACCUGCUCUUUCCAUGACAGACUGACCAGGUGAAAGCCAUGAUCCCUUAUUGAUGUCACUUGUUAAAUCCACUUCAAAUCAGUAUAGAUGAAUGGGGAGGAAGGUUAAAGAAGGAUUUUUAAGCAUUGAGACAAUUGAAACAUGGAUUAUGUACCAUUCAGAGGGUGAUUGUGCAAGACAAACAUGUAAUUGCCUUUGAACGGGGUAUGUUAGUAGGUGCCAGGUGCACCGGUUUGUGUCAAGAAUUGCAAUGCUGCUGAGUUUCAUGCUCAACAGUUUCCCAUGUGUAUCAAGAACGGUCCACCACCCAAAGGACAUCCAGCCAACUUGACACAACUGUAGGAAGCAUUGGAGUUAACAUGGGCCAGCGUCCCUGUGAAACGCUUUCGACACCUUGUAGAGGUGGGGGUGCAACUCAAUGUUAGAACGGUGUUCCUAAGGUUUGGGAUACUCAGUGUAAUGUAAAUGUUAUUUUUACUUUACUGCUUGAAGGCAAAGGACAAAUAAUUUGUGGGUUAUCCUUUUAGCUUAUGCUAACCAAAUCACAGUAUGGUUUCUGCAAGGACAGUAAUUACAUUUACAGACAAUGUGUCGAAAACUCUGAAACUUGAAUAAAUAUAUUUUUCUGGC